AUGCACUUCCUGACGAAGAUCUUGGAGCGCGGAAAGGAUUGUGAAGCAUGGGAGAACGCAGCAGCCAAGUCCCGGGCUAUCUCAGUUCCUCUGGUUCUAGCACAGCUGGUAUUGCACAGACGAGCGGCCGAAGGAACUGCAGAAGGCGAUCGACUUUUAGAGCUACUCCCGUCUGAAACCGAGGCGCAUCGAAGAGUUGAGCACAUUGAAGAGAAACGCCGCUUGAGCAAAGAUUCUCUAAGCUCUUACGCGCAUAUACUGGCCGGAGAAACCGACGACCUGCGUUGCCAGCGACUGUUGGAGUAUGGCGGCCACGUUCCUAUCCACGUGCUGCUUUUUCUCUUGCGACCCAGUUCGGCGCUGCGUGAUAUUCCCACGCUUCAGGGUCUCAUCGAAUUGUUCAGACUUGACGCUACAAACCCUCGCAAGAAUCGGAGUUCGAGCUCUUAUUUCCAGUCGUCGAACUACCUCAGAAUUCUGUCGCUGCUUGAGAGCCACAUAGCUCGCACAGAGCCGAGGCUCCUAGUGCAGCUUGCUGAAGCGGUGUCUCUCCACAUGAAACAGCUCGUGGAGGUAGGAGACUCGCAAAAGCGCUUUGUGAGCUGCUGCCGACUGUUUAACAAAAUGCUGUGCAUUUUCCAGCCAGAAUCGAAGCUGUUGGCCAAGCAAAUUCCUGUCGCCAACAGCUACUUCUGGGAAUGCCAGCGCAUGCUGCUCACAAUGUCCGAAACCUUUGAGAAGCCACUGCAGGUCACUGGAGAUGGGUUUCGUGCAAUUCGGAGUACCCUUGCAGGCAUGCCAAAGAACGAAGCCGAGAAGCACAGCGCUCUCCUGUACGCUCCCUCUUGGCCGCCAUAUUUGACCCCCGGAGACGGUAUGGACGAAAUUACCGAUCCCGAGGCAAAUUGGAGCCGAACCGUCGAGGCAGGCAUGCUUAUGCAAGAAGCCGGGUUUGCCAAAUCCGAGGCUGAUGACAGCCUGGAUAUUCUAAAGGGGAUGGCACCGGAUGGAACGCCAACGAUCCAGCAGCGCACGCUCGCGGGGAGCAAUCGAAACAUCAGCACGUGGGAGGCGUCUAUUCGCGCAACGCGAGAUGCCCAUGAGGCGUGGGGACGAUUCAAUGACCCUCCGACCAAGGGUGCUCUGCCGGGAAUGAAUGAAUACGCGGCCAUGUUGGAAAAACUGACGCUCAGAGAAGUCGGGCCCUCCACCAAGCUACUUCCCGGUGACAAGGCCCAGAACUUUCCCGCCUACCGAGCUGCAAAUCUUGCAGACAUUGAGUGGGCGAAAUCUCGACCCCCGAGUGUCGAGGAACUCUACAGUCAGAUGCGCCAGGCCGGCAUCGUACCCAGCGGGCACUGUCUCUUCAUUCUGAUAUCCAACGCGCCUGAUCUAGAUACGGCCCAUCGCUAUCUAGAGACGGCUGCUGAGCUCGAUCCAGAUAUUUCCAGCCUCAUUGCUCCCAAGAUUGAACGAUUAGCACUACGUCGAGUCGGCAUGGGGCUCUUCUCCGCUUACAUCAGCAUGCUUGCGAAACGAGACGACCUUUCUGGUUGGGAGAAUUUGCAGAGAGCUAUUGCCCUUGCAGAGGCCCGCCUUGGUGAUAAGCGUUCCCGCUGGGCUUCACCGAUUUGGGGAGCGAUCCUGAAGGGCGCAUCGAGGCAUCACUCUGCACUGCGAAUGUCACACUCUGACCAAGUGGAGCUUAUCCUGGCUAUUGCAAAGCGAAUCGAUCGAGGCAAUAGGUUGAACCUGGCCAACUUUUCGGAAUUGAAUAAAAGUCUGCGGAAACUAAUACGCUAUGAUUUACGUGCCUUGGCCAAUGACCUGCAGCAAAAUGAGGCCUCGGCACCGAUAUCUUCACCGAAGCAACCUUUACGAGUCCUUUAUGAUGGCGUUCUCCACAGCGAGGGCAGGGUGACGCCAACAGAAGAACAUGGCGGGCGAGGCCCCCCCGUGCCAGGAAGUCUGGAGUCGCUUGUCGAGUACAUAAAGAAAGAAUUUGCCAAAUUUCAGGUGCGAGAAAAGUCAUACCAGGCGGCGGCGCGCGAUAACUACAUUUCUCCGCUGGAUCGGAUGCUCUCUCGAAACGACGUCGUCAGGAGCGAGCACGCAUUGGAGUACAUGAUGACCAUGGGGUAUGCUGGCGAAUUCCAAGAGAUGAGGAAGCUGCUCUUGUUCCUCAUAGGAGAAUGGGGCCAGCCAGACUUGGUAGAAGAUCUGGUGGCACUUGACGAGCUGCCGCCGUCUGCCGACUUUUCUGAGUUGCUUUGUGUGUUCCGGUUGCUCGGCGAGCAAGUUUUGGGUGGGCCUGUGGUGGCCGAAGAGAUGCAAGAUGCCAUCGUUGCGUCUGGGCUGCCGUGGACGUGGCCGGAUGCCAGGGCCGUGCAGGGCUAUCUGCAGAUGCACCCGCAUGAUUCGAUCCGCCAGGUGCAGAGCGUCUUGGGUCAGCUGCGGGGCCAGAAGAGGGCAGAGGCAGCACAGGCGCAGACGACAUUGGACGAUUGCAGGCAGAGGGUUGACGAAAAUAGCUAG